AUGGCCGCCAACGGAACGCCUGCCUCCGCCAACGAGAAGCCGCCGCCGCUGCUCCUCCUCCGCCCUUCCAACGACCGCCUCAACACGGCGCUGCGGUCGCGCUUCCGGGUCAUCAGCUUCUCCGACGAUUCCUCGGGGGGCACUCCCGACCUCCAGGCUUUCCUCGCCGCGUCCGCCGCCGCCAAGGAGCCGCCGCCCCGCGCCGCCCUCGUGGUCGGCGGCGGCACCGUCGUCGUGGACGCCGCGUUCCUCCACGCGGCGCCGCACCUCCGCUGCCUCGUGACCACCUCCACGGGCAUGGACCACAUCGACCUCGCCGAGUGCGCGCGCAGGGGCGUCGUCGUCGCCAGCGCCGGCGAGACAUACUCCAUCGACGUCGCCGACCACGCCGUCGGCCUCCUCAUCGAUGCGCUCCGCCGCGUCUCUGCCGCCGACCGCUACGUCCGCCGCGGGCUCUGGCCCGUGCAAGGAGACUACCCGCUUGGCUCCAAGCUUGGUGGGAAACGUGUGGGCAUCAUCGGUCUCGGCAGUAUCGGCUCCUUGAUCGCAAAGAGGCUCCAAGCAUUCGGCUGUGUCAUCCAGUACCAUUCCAGAACACCAAAACAGACUGCAGCCUCCUUCAAAUAUUUCCCCAAUGUCAUCAACCUUGCUGCCGAAUCCGACGUCCUCAUCGUGGCCUGCGCUCUGAACUCCCAAACACGGCACAUCAUCAACAAGGAUGUCCUGGAGGCACUGGGGACAGACGGCGUCCUGGUCAACAUCGCCCGCGGCGGGAACAUCGACGAGGCGGCGUUGAUCGCCGCGCUGAAAGGAAGGGAGAUAGCCGGCGCGGGCCUCGACGUCUUCGAGAAGGAGCCUGUCGUGCCACCGGAGUUCUUCUCCAUGGACAAUGUGGUGCUCACGGCGCAUGAUGCCGCCUUUACCACUGAGUCGGACCGCGACUUGUGCCAACUCAUGAUCGCCAACCUGGACGCCUUCUUCCAAGGUAAGCCGUUGGUCACGCCUGUGUUUCCCUAGA